UCCUGUUGAAUUUUUUGACAAAUCAACAACUUAAAAAUGGCCAAGCGCACCAAGAAGGUUGGAAUCGUUGGUAAAUAUGGUACCCGUUAUGGUGCCUCGCUGCGUAAGAUGGUCAAGAAGAUGGAAAUCACGCAGCACGGCAAAUAUACUUGCUCCUUCUGCGGCAAGGAUUCCAUGAAGCGUUCUGUGGUUGGAAUCUGGUCGUGCAAACGCUGCAAGCGAACCGUUGCCGGCGGUGCCUGGGUUUAUUCCACGACAGCUGCCGCUUCUGUGCGCUCAGCCGUGCGUCGUCUGCGCGAGACGAAGGAACAGUAAACAGUAAAGAGAACAGUUAAUUCCUCUGUUCCGUUACGUUUUAGAGUUCCCAUAGUUUUUGUAUACAUAAAUAGACAACGCAAUUUUCUGUGGUUUGUGCCGCGCCGGUCGAAA